AAGAAACUCAACUUUACAUAUAUAGGAUAGGAUAUAUAGGAUAUCUCAUCUUCAACUUGCAACAAAAAAGUACAAUAUCUUUCAAAAUAUGUAACAAUGUGAGUGGGUUGUGUGGUGAGAGGCUAGAGAGUUUGAGUGGUGGGUUUUCUAGAUGUAGAAGAAAACCUUUUGCCUCAAGAAAACCCACUAAACAACCUGCCCACAUAGUUCGUCCCUCUCUUCCAAGGGACCGAUCGGGGUCGGAUCUUGGCCUUGCUUCGAGUGAGUCCAGUCCGGACCGAAUAAUGUACACCCCUACUUCUAACUAUUUGUCGGGCCGGGGUGUGGGCGACCCGGGAAUUUAGUAGAUUAUUGAGGAUUUCAAAGCAUACCAAGAGAGUAGAGACUACUAGAUCAAUCUGUAUGUCACCUAGUAGAGCCCCACACUAAAGUGCUUUGAAUCAUCAUACCAUUUUCAUUUCCAUGGAUGGAUUUUAUUAUGAAUAUCAGAUCUACAAAAAAAAACCAACGGCGAGAUUGAGAUUUGAGACGACCACAACUCCGAUCCAAUCCGAUCUACAUCAACCGCAAAUUGAGAGCUCCAGAAGUAAUUUAUACUCACAGAAAACUAUCGCUCCGGGGAGGAUGUGUCCGUGCUCCGCCGUGGACGGCGGUUUGAUGAGGAAACACGUCGAGAGCGAAAUUGCCGGAAAGCUCCUCAUCCACCGCGUUUGUUUGAGAGCGUUAUGUAAAGCUAUUUUAUUUACUCCAAUAAUGUGAUGCCAAUAAAUAAUGCAACGUGUGGGGUCCGCGGUCUCGCGUGGGCUCCAGCUGAGACUUUUAUUUGAAGUUGGUUCCGCCGCCCGGAUUCCAAAUCUACCCUUCACCUACCGAUCCCAAUGAUUCUCGAAUCUCAGCCGUUCAUUCUAAUCACCGCGGUCAGCCCCUAAGACAGCGAACGGAGCUACGUCGUCCGUCGGAUCAGCGUUCCCAGCUAGAUCGACGGUUCGUAAUCUGCCCGUGAUUUCCCUGGUCAGAUCUCGUCGCCUUUAAGAGGCGAUUCCCUGGCCCUAUCGUUCUUCGCUCAAACCAGGAAACCCUUCCUUCGUUACAUAUAUCCACUCACAAUUCCUUUCGAUUGCUGAAUUUUUGAUCAUUUUUGUUGGGAUUUCCAGCUGACGGCCGCCGUCGGUCACGGAUUUUUCUUUAAUUUCCGGCGAUUCAUGUUUUCAUCCUCACCUGAAAACGAACAAUCUCUAUCUCCCCACCAGAUCGGAGAAAUUCGGCGUCUUCGCCGGGAAUCAUGGCUUCUGCCGUCUUAGCUAGCCGGAAUGACUCGAGUUGGGCUCAAUCCGGUGAUGCUGGUGGUGGAUUCAUGGGGAAAACCCCUUAUUCUCAUCCUCAUAUGAACCCUAAUUCUAACCCUGGUUCUAACCCCAAGAAAAAGCAGAAGCACUUCCAUCAAGCCUCGAACGGCCGAGUCAAUGAGGAUUGUCCGGUUGUUGCCCAGGCGGCUUCGGAUGACGCCUAUUCGUUCAAUCAGCGGCCUAUUGAAUCCAAUGGUUUCAAUUUCGGAGGCUAUUUGACCUAUAACGUCCCAUCCUACACGAAGGUCGAGCUGAACGAGCUUCGCAAACGGCUGCUAUCUGAGCUCGAUCAGAUCCGGAAUCUGAAGGACCGAAUUGAGUCCGGUCUCUUCAGCACCACAGUCAGCAACCCUAGAUCCCAUGGGAAAUCAAAGAAAUUUUCUGGGAACAAGCGGCCUGUGCCAUUUGGAUCUAAUAAGGAUCUGAAAAAUCUCUGCAACGGUGUUGACAUUAUGAGGAAUUCUGGUUCUGGCGUAGUAAUCCAGCAAAUUGAUCUGGAGAAUAUGAUGAAAGAAUGCAAGCAGGUUCUGGCGAAGUUGAUGAAGCAGAAAAUUUCUUGGCCUUUUAACAAGCCUGUCGAUGCUGUUGCAAUGGGUCUUCCUGAUUAUCACCAGAUCGUCAAGAUGCCCAUGGAUUUGGGGACGGUGAAGUCAAAUCUUGCCAAAUGUAUCUACCAAAAUCCGUCUCAAUUUGCCGCCGAUGUGAGGCUGACUUUCAAUAACGCUAUGCUUUACAACCCCAUAACCGAUGAAGUUCAUGGAUUGGCUGAUCAGCUUCUCUCUAAAUUUGAAGAACUGUUCCGGCCCCUCCAAGAGAAACUGAAUCGGAUUGAGAGUGAGCAAAGGGAUUUCAUUUCUCCCAGGGACGAGCUGCAAGGCAGUUCUUGGAACCACCAUAUCCCAAGUCCUGAUAGAGGAAUCAAGAAGCCCAAUGUCAGCAAUAGUAGCCCAAUCCGCCAGGUUUCUAAGAAACAAGAAAGGUUUUCCAACCACUCCAGUGCUUCGACACCAUCGGCCCCAGUGCCCCAUCCUCUGAAUCCUCCUCAACGCCAGCCAUCUCCUGUCCCAACUUCUUCCCCAGUGAGAGCUCCGCCCCAGAUGAUGCCAGCUGCCAGAGGUCCGGUUCCCAAGCUACCAAAGCCGAAAGCCAAGGAUCCAAACAAAAGGGAAAUGCACUUUGAAGAAAAACACAAACUUGGGAUGGAAUUGCAAAAUUUGCCGGAGGAGAAGAUGCCACAGCUGGUGCAGAUUAUAAGGAAGAGGAACCAGCAUCUGGCCCAAGACGGGGAUGAAAUCGAGCUAGACAUUGAGGCGUUGGAUACAGAGACUCUAUGGGAGCUUGACCGCUUUGUGACCAAUUGGAAGAAGAUGGUCAGCAAAACCAAGAGGCAAGCUUUGAUGGGCAAUGUAUCAGCACCUACUGCUUCUGCUGGUGGCACUGUCACAUCCAAUGCCGAUGGAGACUCGGCUGGUUUGUUGAGUGAGAAGAUUGAUUCACCAAAGAAGCCUAUAAAGGGCGAAACUGGUGAUGAGGAUGUUGACAUUGAUGAUGAGGACGACGAUACCCCUGCACCCAGCUUUCCAACUAUCGAAAUUGAGAAAGAUGAAGGCGGCGGUGGUGGUGGUGGUAGAGAGCCUGAUAAUGGGAGUAGUAGCUCUAGCAGUUCCGGUAGCUCAAGCAGUGAUUCAUCUUCUUCCAGCGGUAGUAUCCAUUCUUACAUAUGUGUUGCAUGACAUUGUUAUCUUUUGACCCAGAGACGGAAUUAAUUACAAGCUUAAAUGGUAGUUACUAAUCAGUUAUAUCAAUCAAUCAAUAACAUUACAGGUUCCGAUUCUGGGAGCUCUGGGAGUGACUCGGAUGCAGAUGAUGCACAAUCUUGAUUCCAUACUUUUUUUUGUCCAUCUCUGUUAUCUCUAAUGUGUAGCCUAAUCUCUGUAAUGAUGAGGUAUAUAAAUCAGUGUUCUUUUUUCUUUUUCGCUUUCUUUCUCCAUUUGUAUUUUUAGAAGUGAAGAUUGUUGAGAGAUUCCCAGCUUGUGUGUGCCAAGGGGGGAAGAAGAAGAUGCAAACAGAGUAGUCUUUGUAAUGGCAUUGAUUUGUAGAAUCCUUCUUUUAUUUGUUUUUAAGUGUUAGUUCAGGCCCCUCCCCCCUCCCUUUGUAAAUACAUGUUUUCUGCAAAU